AUGAGUAUUAUAAUACCUAUAGUGUCUGUAGUAGGAUUUCUUGCUUCAAUAGUUGCAUUUGGUAUAAGCAUAGAGUACGAUAAUUUUCUAAUGAUCUUAGUUUAAAAAUUCAAUUGGGAUCGAUGUCCUUAGACAUUAGUAGAACAGCAUUUUUCAGAACAAGGGAAAUCUAUGCUUCCUAGAUUCCAUAUUUAGAAGUAAAUAUUUGAACUAUAAUAAAUAGGCAGUUGCGUUCAGUAUAUUUCUCUUUAUAGCCAUUGUAAGAAUGGUUGAAUACUUUAAGAUGUAAUUUAUAAUAAAAAAGGGAUAGUGACUACAAGAUGAUAAUAAGUAACAAUUAAGAUCCUGAAGUUUAUUAUUUAACUAAGGCAAAAUUAUAAUAAGCCUUAGAAUGGAGUAAUAUAGCUGUGACUUAAGCUUUUAUAAUUCUAACCUUAGUAUGAAUUACUUUAAAUUAGGCAUUAGCUUUAUUAAUAGGAAUAGUAUUCUGUGCGAAUGGUCAUUUUUAUGCCUAAGAGUUGAUUAAAAAAUUCAUAAAAAUUGAGAAGCUAUCAGAUUCGGAUAAGUAUGUAAUAUAAUUCAUGAUUUUAGAAAUACACUAUCAGAACUAGAUUCCUAAUCUGUAAAAUUCAAUGUCAUAAUUGCACUUAAUGCAAUAGCCUUGACCUGUGUGUUCUUACAAUUUUUAAUAAUAAUAAUAAAAAAGUUGAGAUUAUGAC